UGUGUGUGUAUUAUUAGAAUAGCGACAUACACACACACUGGGCUCUCCACUCACUGCAAGCAUGGCUGGCGAUUCUGAAACACAUCUUCAGGACAGAGAGGAGGAGAACGGCCACACCAUCCGACAGCCUUUCCUCAUCGGUGUGUCUGGAGGCACCGCCAGUGGAAAGUCUUCAGUAUGUGAGAAGAUCAUGGAGCUGUUGGGCCAGAAUAAAAUUGACCGUCAUCAGCGGCAGGUGGUCAUCCUCAGUCAAGACAGCUUUUACAUGGAGCUCACGCCUGAACAGAAGGCCAAAGCACUCAAGGGCCAGUUUAACUUCGAUCACCCAGAUGCUUUCGACAAUGAGCUCAUCAUGAAGACUCUGCGUGACAUCAUUCAGGGGACCACUGUGCAGAUCCCAGUUUAUGACUUUGUUACCCAUUCCAGGAAGGAUGAGUUUGUGACCGUGUAUCCGGCGGAUGUUGUUCUCUUUGAGGGGAUUCUCAUGUUCUACUCACAAGAGAUUCGAGAUCUGUUCCAAAUGAAGCUGUUUGUGGACACGGACCCAGACACGCGCCUCUCGCGAAGAGUGUUGCGGGACAUCAGUGAGAGAGGCAGAGAGUUGGAGCAGGUUCUGAACCAGUACAUCACCUUUGUGAAGCCGGCCUUUGAGGAGUUCUGUCUUCCUACCAAAAAGUAUGCGGACGUCAUCAUCCCUCGAGGAGCAGAUAAUCUCGUGGCUAUCAAUCUGAUCGUGCACCAUAUUCAAGAUUUCCUGAACGGAGGAUUCAUCAAACGACAGAACGGUUUACAGAACGGCCACGGGACACCCAGACAAAGAAGGACGUCCGAGUCAAGUAGACCUCACUGACCUCACUGUGACCCUUCCCUCCAUUGAGGAGAGGGCAGAACUGAAUAAUUCACAGUGGCAUCCCGUUGAGAAUAAGGGGAUGCAGGAGCUGAAAUGCCUUUGUUAUUGUUACUAUUAUUUGCAUUUGAAAUGUUGUUGUGGAUAAUUGUUUGCUUAUAGUUUUUUAGAGGGUGCUGUAUGUUUUUGGAAGAUUUGAUUACACACUCGACCUGUCCUAUCAGUGUCUAUGCUUUCUCAGCUACUCAGAAAAUAAAUGAAUAGUAUUGAAUGUUUCGUAGAGACAACAUUGAUCACAGUGCUGUUAGCACACAUACUUGAAGUCAGAGCUCAGGUUGGGUGGGUUGUUCCAUCUACAAAGAAAAAAAAAACCCUAUUACCUCAUAUCUGAGGCCCUUUUAUGCGUGUGAGUGAGGAGAUGUGUUUUUCGUAAGGAUGCCAUUAUGGUACAUGUCAUUUAGUUUUUUUAUUUUUGUAAUUUGUAGCUUUCUCGUUGAAUCUCAAUGUUGUUUCAUGGUUCAUAUAAUUGUAGUCUUUUGUACAUAUAACAUGACCUAAUUUGUCAUGUUUUGCCUACUACAUUUGGUGUUACCAGAAAAUGUUUUACCUACAGUAUCUCAGUGUGCAUGGAGAGUUAGGUUUUAUGUCAAUUAUACCAGUAAUUAUACCUGAUUCGAUGUAAAACCAGAUGAAAAUCAGGGAUUACAGUCAGGUAUGUUGGUCUUUGUAACAAAGAAAUACCUCAAAUACUUUUAUCGUUAACACCAAGAGAUUGAUUAACAGAAUUUUACUUCAGUAACCCUGUGCACACUGCUUCAAUGAGCUUGUGUUUCCUUUCCCCUUCAUGCCUUUGUGCCACGGUUUUUUGUUUUUCUAGGAAUAAUUCACCAGAUAAAUUAUUUAUAUCUGGUUUUGUUGACGAAUAACCCACUAUGGUGUGGUGGAAUAAAAUAAUAAAACUAUAAAAACUC